ACACAUCUUGCAUGGACUUUUGCUUUCAAUAGUGCCUCUAAGUGUUUUUAAAGUGAUUUUUAAAAAGUGCUUUAAAUUAUUUAAAUUAUUUGGAAUUUCUCUUAAUUUCUUCCAAUUGUUGCUAAAUAAUUAUAUUACAUUUAUGCAUUCUACAUUACUAAAAAAUUGAGAUAUUUGAAAAAUUGGAAAAAAAUGAUUGUGAGGUUUUCGAAAGUAAAUUAAAAAGUGCAAAUAAAAUAAGAAUGUCGCUGAUGAAUUUCAUUUCCAAGAAAAAGGAAAAUUGUCUCUCCUUGAUUUUUUAAGUUCUAGGCAAAACUAUAUUGUGUCGUUUAUUUUAAAACGACUAAUUCUUUUACGUGCAGUUUCUCUUUAAGUUUUACAUAUGAUCUCGGCAAUACCAGGGUUAAAGUUUUUUCAUCUGCAACCAGUUGUCAUUGUUACGAGAGAAAUUUUUUUAUUUUAAAUCUAAGUAUUACUUGAAAAAAUCGAAAACUUGUCACAUUCUUAUAAUCAUGGGAAUAACUGGGACUCAUGUAAUAGAAGCUCCUGAUCAUUCUGAAAAGAAGAACGUGGCUACGAAUGUCUCUACUCAAGUUCAUCAUGUGUCUAGGACAAAACGAGGUCAAGCCUGUGGGUCAGUUCGAGGUUUUAGAGGCUGCACUGUUUGGCUAACUGGAUUAUCUGGAGCUGGAAAAACAUCGAUUGCUUUUCAGGUCGAAGAUCAUCUGGUUUCUCAUGGUAUUUCGGCUUACGGUUUGGAUGGAGAUAACGUUCGAACUGGAUUAAAUCGAAAUUUGGGAUUCAGCAAAGAAGACCGAGAAGAAAAUGUUCGAAGGGUUGCUGAAGUGGCAAAACUUUUUUCUGAUUCAGGCGUAAUUACUCUUUGCAGUUUUGUCUCUCCUUUUGAAGAAGAUCGACAAAUUGCUAGAAGACUCCACGAGGAUUCAAAUUUGCCAUUUUUUGAAAUUUUUGUAGAUGCCCCUCUGAGAGUUUGUGAAGCUCGAGAUGUCAAGGGCCUUUAUAAAAGAGCCAGACAAGGAGCAAUUAGAGGAUUCACUGGAAUAGACCAAUCCUAUGAAAAACCAGUAAGGCCAGAUCUUGUAGUCGAUACGGAAAAUUUUACACUAGAAGAAUGCACCAAGAUGGUUCUGGAGUUUUUGGAACAACGAGGAAUUCUUCCUCAAAUUUCCAAACCUGGAGAACCAGUUCCAGAACUUUUUGUUCCGGUCGAAAAAUUGUCGGAUGCGAGAAAAGAAGUUGAAAGUUUAGUAUCUGUUGAGGUCAAUGAAGUUGAUGUUCAGUGGAUUCAAGUCCUUGCUGAGGGAUGGGCGGCACCUUUAAAAGGCUUUAUGAGAGAGGAUCAAUUUCUUCAGACCCAGCACUUUAAUUUCUUGACAAUCGAUGGAGCUGAAGUAAACCAAUCAAUUCCAAUCGUCUUGGCAGUCAGGACGAUCGACAAGGAACGUCUUCAGGAAUCAAGUUCAAUCGUUCUGAAAUAUAAAGAAAAAGCUUUGGCAAUCAUGAGAAAUCCGGAAUUUUUUUAUCAUCGCAAAGAAGAAAGAUGUUCGAGACAAUUUGGAACAAGUGAUUCUCAACAUCCCUAUGUCAAAAUGAUAUUUGAUUCUGGAGAUUGGCUUGUGGGAGGCGAGCUAGAAGUUCUGGAAAGAAUUAAAUGGAAUGAUGGAUUGGAUCAUUACAGACUAACUCCUAAUGAAAUCAGAGCGAAGUGUCGGGAAGCUGGAGCUGAUGCUGUUUUUGCCUUCCAACUCAGAAAUCCAAUCCAUAAUGGACAUGCGCUUCUUAUGCAGGAUACGAGAAAACAUCUUUUGGAAGAGAGAGGAUUCAAAAAACCAGUUUUGCUUUUGCAUCCUUUGGGAGGCUGGACCAAAGAGGAUGAUGUUCCUCUUCAAGUAAGAAUUCAGCAGCAUCAAGCAGUUUUAGAAGAUGGGGUUUUGCAUCCAGACACGCUCUUGGCUAUAUUUCCUAGCCCAAUGAUGUAUGCUGGACCGACAGAGGUUCAAUGGCACGCCAAGGCUAGAAUGAACGCUGGGGCAAAUUUUUACAUCGUUGGACGAGAUCCUGCAGGAAUGCCUCAUCCAGAUAAGUCUUCAGUCCCUGAUGGUAAUCUUUACGACGCUACUCAUGGAGCCAGGGUCCUCUCAAUGGCUCCAGGACUUCAGAAUCUCGAAAUUAUACCCUUCAAGGUUGCAGCUUAUGAUACUAAAUGUAAAAAAAUGGCUUUCUUCGAUCCUCAAAGAAAAAAAGAUUUCGAUUUUAUAUCGGGCACUAGAAUGCGCGGGUUGGCAAAAUCUGGUGAAAAUCCACCUGAAGGAUUUAUGGCUCCACGAGCCUGGCAGAUUCUCUCUGGAUAUUAUCAAAAUGCAAACAAGUUCUGAUAAGCACUUGAGUAACUUUGACCUAGAAAUAGAAUAAAACUCCGAACGAAUUAUAAAUAAUUUAUUAUGAACUAAGACUUGAAU